UCUCGGUCCAAGUGCCUAUAAAGCCCAAUCAUUCGCUCACAUUACCUUAGAAACAUCAAAGCCAAUCAAGCCAUACCAUAACACUUCAAGAUGACGACCUCUAUCGGCGAAACCUCGCUCCAAACCCUUCUCUCAACCCUUACCACCGUCCUCCACCCGGAAACCUACGUCUUCGUCACCCUUCCUGCGGACGCCCCACUACCGCCCCUCUCUAAGAUUCAACUACUGUUUAGAGAGUCCGAGGGCGUUACUCUCAUCACCACUCUCGAUACCGCGACAGCCCAUAAGUGGGACUAUGCCUUCCCCUCAAAGAUGAUUACCCUCAACGUGCAUUCAAGCCUGGAGGCUGUGGGAUUCAUGGCUGUUAUUGCCACGAGGGAGGAGGAUGCUGUAGCAGAGUUGAAGGAGCUUGCUCUGGAGUCUGGGAAGGGAAAAUGA